AUGAGCGAAAGAAGACAAAAACACUUGAGACGAAAACAAGAUCCUCCACUCAACGGCAAUGUCGACCACCCAACCCCAAUCUCAACAACAAUAUCAACCGUGAGGCAAUUACUUGUAAUGAGGGAUAAUGAGGAAAAAGAAGUUACUUCUAUUGUCCAAGAAUCAUACAUUUCUCAAGACAUGCCUAAAUCAACAAACGAAAACAACGAGACAAUAACAGAAAUUACUGCUUCUAAUGAAAUUUCAGGAUAUUCUUUAGAAGAAAGUUUAUUGCAUAGUAAUGAAGAUUAUGAAAUGAUAAUAAGAACAAUUAAUGUUCUAAAAUUUCAAUUGGGACUAGUAAAAAAUGAUAUAGAGAAAAUCAAAUCAUUGAAACAGAAAGCAAUGCAAGACCCAAUACAGUAUGUUGAAGGCAUUAUGGCUGGGGUUUGUUUGAAAGUUCCAAAAAUUGAUUGGUCAAAGUAUCAUACAAGUCCAUCAGAAUACAAACCAGAUCCAGAGUUUACUCCAGUGUCUAAUAAGCUAACGUGCGAACCAAUUGAAUCUGUUGAAUUUGUGCAUCAAUGUGCUGAAAAAGUGGGCUUAACAAGAUACAAUAAACGAGAACCUACAACUCUAAAAAAAUCGCAUGCCAAAAGAAGAUCAACAGACGUCACUGAUAAUUAUAUCAAAGAACAACAGCAAUCACCUUCACCUACAAGUCCUAGAACUAGAAGAAGAUUAUCAAAAAAUAAUGAUUAUAUCUCCAG